CUCCAGCAUAAACAGUUAGUAGUUUCACAUGAAACUACGAAGAGUUGACUUCCAUUCUCUGAAACAUAAUUACAAACUAAAAAAAAAACAAAAACAAAAACUUGCUGUUGAUUUCAACAAAGAAUUGUUACAGAUAAAAUAGAAAAGUAUUAUUUUAUCGUCAAUGAAAUGAAAUCAAACAAAAUUAUCUUCAUUUGGUACACAAUGGCUACUCUGGUUUGUUUUUUAAUAUGCAUGAUAACGACAUCAAAUGGGGAUUCCCUGGAACAGACAAUCGAACAACAACUAACCUUGGAACAGCUUCAACAUCAAUAUCCCGAAAAUGUGACCUCAGUUCAGGAUGUUGUGCAGCCUUUAAAGCGUAAACGAAGAUACUUGGAAUUCCCCGAAGGUUCAUCAUUUCAAUUAGUUUAUGACUUGAUUGUAGGCGUGGUCGACUUCACCAACUACUUAAUUUUGGGUGUAACUGUGGCCUUAGCAUGGGAACUGCCAUCUAAGCCACCUAGUGAAAUUUUCGAAGACUUAACUGAACGUUUAAGAGACGGUACCCUGGGGACUUCGCGCAAUGACACCGUAGAAAAUAUUAAUUAUAUAGACCGCAAAACCAAGACGACUACAAUGAAAACUCCUAUCAGCAAAUCCCAAUAUAAUUUACAACCAAUGUUUAGGCCUCCAAUGCACUAUCGAUACUAUACUCAGCGGACGCCGGAUAGUUUUUACAAAUAUCCAUUCCAAACAGAAUCGCAGAGUCUGAAGUCUUACAAACCAAAUCGAUACAACACUUGGUCUAGAAAGAGUAAUAUUCUUAAGUACUACACUCCAAAGCCAGUGCAUCCGUUUACAAAAUGGACAAAAAUCAAAAUUCAGCCCAAAUAUAGUGCGAAGGGUGUAAGAUAUCCAUGGUGGAAUUUGCCUCAACGACUAAAAAACUCUCUUAUUACACGCCCCAGUGUUAGAAGAUUUGAUCAAAAUAUAAAUUAUAGCCGAGCUCAAUUCAACUAUAAAAAACCAAUUGGAACAUACAAAACGUUUCCUAGUACCGGACGAUCUGAGCAUCGGAUAUAUCCAAUUUUCGGAAAACAAAGUAUUUCCGAUGUUCGAAAACCUCAACAUCGUUUCAGACGUAGUGGAAUUUUCACCGAGAUACCUUCAAAAUUGGAUCGUAUACAUAUAGGGCAACAUCGUAGAACGCGCCACGAUUUGUACCAACGAAUAGAAAUCUAUUUAACUGGUCGGGGUUCGCAUGGUCAUCAUUGCGUUUUAAGAGCUCUGUGUGAGACGGGACAAAAAUCACACGAACGCAAGCCGGGUUCCUUUGUUGCCGAAUUAAUGCGUGCCAUAUUCACAAUGCCCGAACCAAUAGAUGCAACUGCUGAUGGCCUGCCUCAAAUUGGCUAUAAGGAGCAACGUUAUGAUACAGCCAAUUCACUAAAAGGAAACUGUGCCAGUCGUUAUAAUCUUUGCAAAGACUCUUUAUGGUCUUCACAUUUGGUGCUUUAAAAACCAAAAUAGUUGUAUGUGUAUUUA